UUUCGCUUACUUGGCCGACGUUUUCCAGUCAGCUGUCGUCACGUGACAGCGGCUUCAGUCACGCUGGCUUCCGCCGGCGCGUGUCUGCUGUGUGCGCGGUGGACCGUCACCACAUCAGCCGAGCCGCCCGAAGCCAUGCAGCUGGAGAUCCAGGUAGCGCUCAACUUCGUCAUCUCCUUCAUGUACAACAAGCUGCCGCGGCGGCGCGUCAACAUCUUCGCCGAGGAGCUGGAGCGGGCGCUGCGCUUCAAGUUCCAGAGCCACUGGUAUCCGGACCGGCCGUUCAAGGGCUCCGCCUACCGCUGCCUGAAGACGGGCGACCCACUCGACCCCGUGCUGGACACGGCGGCGCGCGAGAGCGGCCUGGCCCUGGCCGAGAUCCGCCAGAACCUGCCGGAGGACCUCUGCGUCUGGAUCGACCCGGGCGAGGUCAGCUACCGCGCCGGUGAGAAGGGCGCCGUCAAGCUGCUGUACUCGGAGCCGGCCGCCGAGCGCGUCAGCGAGGACCGCUGCGACCACGAGGUCACCUCCACCUUCAACCCGGAGGCGCAAAGCUUCCGGCCCAUCGAGGCGCUGGCGGCGUCGCUGGGCUCGCUGGCCGUCGCCUCGCCGCCGGCCGGCAGCCCGUUCGGGCCGGCGCAGGCCUCGCCGACCCCGACCUUCCGCGCUGCCAGCCCGGCGCCCGGGUUCGCAGCGCACCGGCCGCGCGCGCCCGUCACCUUCACCACGGCGGCGUUCGCGCAGACCAAGUUCGGCAGCACCAAGCUGAAGAGCAGCGGCAAGCGCGGCAGCCGGAUGAGCCCCACGGAGUUCAGCAACUACAUCAAGCAGCGCGCGCUGCUGCAGCAGCCGCCGGCGCUGUUCGCGCCGUUCGCGCAGCAAGCCCGGCCGCUGUCGCCAGCGCCGCCGCCGGCGCACGAGUUCGCGCCGUUCGCCGGCAAGAUGACCGCCAUGCCCCCGGGCAUGUACGACGCCGACGUGUUUGCGCCGCCGCCGCCGCCGCGCAGCACCGGCGCGACGCAGAGUGGCGCCCUGUUCGCGGCGCUGACACCGGAGAACCAGCAGCUGCUGGAGAGCUUGACGUACGCCUCCAACCCGCACCUGCAGCACUUGCUGGUCGCCAACUAGGCGGCCUGUGGCCGCGUGCGUCCUCUAGUCGUUCAAGCCACUGUGAUCGGUCUCUUUCGUAGUUUGUAGCGGUUAAAUUUUGUGAUAAUGGUAAGUGACGAGCCGUUAGCCGUCGGCCGGGCUGGGGGCACCGCCGGGUGUUUGAGAGCCCUGCCGGUAACAGAGAAUACCGUGCCGGAGGAAGGCCUGGGAGUCCCGCCGCCCACCGCACGCCGGAGUGAGAGUCUGCGGCCGUUCAGACUGGGUUCUCCCUGAGCCGGCAGGACGCCUCCGGCGAGGACCGGACGAUCUCGCCCGGUCAGUCGACCCGACAGGCUCACGUUCUGACGGUGGCAACGCCCCCACCCCAGCGACCUCGGCCCGCCGGGCACGGGGCACGGAGCGGCGUCGAUAUCGGGCGGACUCGACCGCAUCGAGCGACCCCCUGACCUUUCGCCCUCGGACGCGGCGGCGGCUGCGAACUGCGCAGCGUUCCCUGCCUGGGACGCCAUGACCUCGUGUAUGAUGAGCCUGAAGUCAUGAGACCGGCACGUAGGCGGCGUGACGGAAGAAAUGCUUGAGGUCGCGGGUGCGCCUCCGCGAGGCCCUUAAAAGUUUUGUAAGUUUAACAUUGUUAACGUUAAUACCACGUUGCUCUUCACAGAGAUACCAGUUAAGACAUCGUUAUCCGCGGCACUUUGCAUAUAUAUAUAUAUAUAUAUAUAUAUAUAUAUCACAGUAAGAUGUGUAUUGAACUUUGCUGAGUCGCCGUCCAAAGGCCGAUUCAGGUCGCGGAUUUUAGCUCAGGCUGGUUCCCAGUUUGGCGAAUAUCUAAUUCGAUUCUAAUUCGUUGGGGCUGCGGGGCGCAGCCACGUAUGGCGCAGGCUGCCUGCUAUUGGACCCUCAUCACGUCGAGCCCGCGAUAACGCCUGCAGAUAACAGUAAAAAUUCCGGACCGGGAUCUGACAGUUGCCGGCCACUUGCUUGCGGUGGACAUGAUGCACUGAGGACCGCCGGGCCAGUGAAGUUACGCUGGCCAGGCCCGUCCCUGCCCGCCCCAGCGUCCGGUCUGGCCUGUCACACCUCCGUCUUCGUUCAAAAUCCUCCCGUGAGGACGCCGUGUUCGUAAUCUUUCGAAUCUCGCACGGCGGGCGCUGUAGUACGUUGUUGAGCCUAGGUCACAGUGGUCAUGAGAUGGAGGGCUCUUGGAGGACGACCCUGUCGGAAUUCAUACUUGUAACCGCGGAUAGAAGAGGUCUUUGAGCUCAUGCGUGCUGAGGCGGGAGGCGGCAGUGAUAGCCGCCUGCUGAGGCGGGAGGCGGCAGUAACGGCAGCGUGCUGAGGCGGGAGGCGGCAGUGGCUGCUGCCUGCUGAGGCGGGAGGCGGCAGUAACGGCAGCGUGCUGAGGCGGGAGGCGGCAGUGGCUGCUGCCUGAGCUGUCAGGUCACUGGUGGCACUCGACACUCUGUCCAUAUUUGCAGUAUGCUCUCGUUCCUUCAGAAUUGUUAUAAACCGCAAUUUCGUGCAUAAGCGAGGCUCAGGAACAUAAUCGUGAGCGUUCUCAAAGGUGAUGAAGCUUUCGUUAGGUCCCCUCCCCCUACCACCCUUGGCCAAUCGGCGAACACUUAAGAUCUUUGUUCUCCCAUUGUAAGGCUUUAUCACCAGUCAAACGAAAUUUCUCUUUCUCAUCGUGUCAGCUGAAGUGACGAUCCGACCCUCUCCUGAUCCUGGUUCCACCUCUGCCGACUCCCUUUUUGACUCGAGGCUCAUCUUGGUCUGGCUCCUCCCCGACGAACUCCUCUUCGCACUGACUCCUCCUCUGCCGUCCAUCUCGUCAUGCCUGCACCGCCUCUGCCAACUCUUUUGUCCUGCCCCAGCCCUUUCUGACUCUGUCACCCCUGCAUCCGCCUCUGCCCCGUCAUACCACCCGCGCCGUCAUGCUCAGUGGAAGCCGAAACGAUCGUUUCAUCGCGUAGUUGUUACACUCUCACAGGUGUUUAUGCGGUGCGACGGCGGGUGCGUGCACCGCCGUACCCGCUGCAUGGCAGAUCCCGUGGCGUGCAGUGUGGCCUCCGAGAACCGGCGGUGGAGCCCGUGCCACCUCCUGAUUGGUUGGCUCCGUCUAGCCUCCACCCCUAAUCCUGGAUGGUACAAACGUGCGUGGCUCUGCGUGGCCGGUUUGUUGCUGUUGGGCGUGCGAGAGUUUAUUUUCGGCGUUCGUCGUCACUGUUGUCCCUGGAGGCGUUUUGACCUGGUGACCUCUGUCGCGCGGCGGGUUUUGCGCCGCGGCCGCCGCCUCCGUCACUCUAGCCACCUUGCAGGGGCGUUUGGCGGACGGCCGCGGCGCCGACCGACGAACAAAAGAAGGUCAUCUGGCAGCCGGGCUGCCAGAUCGCGUUAUGUCUGGCGAUGGGCCUGCGCUUGUAAAUACGGCGUUGUUUGGUGUGUGCUGUAGUCUGGUCGUGGGGUUCACGAGCACACACACUGGGCGCCGGGGACGGGAAC